ACUGUCAAACAUUCGUUGUUGGUGGCGGUCAAUUGCUCCCACUUUUGAAAUAAUCGGGGAUAUACCAGGAUAACCAACACUAUCCGGAAUGGGUGACGAAUCGGCGAUUGUAGAGAGUCUAGACGAUAUCAUCAAGAUCCUUGUGGCAACUGACAUCCAUUUGGGAUGCAAUGAAAAGGACAGUGUUCGAGGCGAAGACAGCUUCAUAGCCUUCGAGGAAAUAUUGGAGCUUGCUGUCUCCAAUGAUGUAGACUUCAUUCUUCUUGGUGGCGACCUGUUUCAUGACGCGAGUCCGUCGCAAAAUGCUUUGAACAAAUGCUUACGCCUGCUUCGUCAGUACACGCUUGGCGACAAGCCCAUAGAAAUAGAGUUCUUGAGCGAUCAGUCAUUGAACUUCUUGGAUUCACUGAACCAGACCGUGAAUUACGAGGACCCUAACUUGAACGUCUCCAUUCCAGUCUUCUCAAUUCACGGCAAUCACGACGACCCAAGUGGUUUCGGCCGUCUCAGUUCCUUGGAUAUCCUGUCUAGUAGCGGCCUCAUAAAUUAUUUCGGAAAGUGGGUGGACCUUCAGAAAAUCGAAAUCAAUCCAAUCAUGAUAAAGAAGGGCGAGACCCAAUUGGCGAUGUACGGUUUGAGUCAUAUUCACGAUGCUCGGCUGGCGCGACUAUUCAUCGAUGCGAAAGUCGUUAUGGAGAAGCCUGACGACAAGACAGGCGUUUGGUUCAAUUUAAUGGUGUUGCAUCAAAACAGAGCCGACCGAGGUCCGAAGAACUUCCUGCCUGAAAAUCUGCUGCCCGAAUUCCUCGACUUAGUGAUAUGGGGACACGAGCAUGACUGUCGCAUUUGGCCGGAAGAAAACAGUGUCAAGAAUUUUUACGUUUCUCAGCCUGGGUCGUCGGUUGCAACUUCACUGAGUGAAGGGGAAGCAAUCGACAAGCAUUGUGGAUUACUGCAAAUCUACAAAAACAAAUUUAAUAUGCAGGAGUUGCCUUUGAAGACGGUUCGACCGUUUAUUUUCGAUUCGAUCAAUUUGGCGGAUUACGCAGAUGAAUAUGAUCUGAAUGAUGGCGAUGCAACUGAAAAGGUCAUGGAAAUAGCGAAAGAUAAAAUCACCGAAAUGUUAGAACGAGCCAAACUGAAGAUUUCGGAUAAUCCGAGACAGCCUAAACUUCCGUUGAUUCGGUUAAGGAUAUUAUACACGGAGGAGGACCAGAUGUUUUCACCAAUUCGAUUUGGACAACAAUACAAUGAACAAGUUGCGAAUCCCAUAGACAUGAUUUUAUUCAAACGUGCGGCUCGAAAGCAAAAGUUUCACGUUAAAGGAGUGGAUAAGGAAGCCAUGGACAUUGCAUUUGACGGAGAAGACGUUACAACGGAGACUCGUGUCGAAGAUAUCGUUGAUCGUUACUUCGAAACGGUCGACGAAUCGAAACAACUAGAAGUGUUUCCUGCGAAAAGUCUUUCAGAACUUUGCCGCCGUCUGGUUGAAAGCAAUGACGAUGAUGCGGCUGAGAAUAUUAUUAAAUUUUACAAAGAAACAGCGAACAAAUUUCUUGAAGAGAAGUUCCCACACGAGAAUGAAAUCAAUAAUGAAUUGUAUAAAUUUAGAGAAAAGGCGGAGCAAACAUAUAAUGCUGUACUAAAGAUGCUUGAUGGGCGUAAUGAAAUCGUCCGAAAGCAAACUUCACGGAGCUCAUUCUUUGAUGAUGAAAAGGAGGAAAGUGAUGACAAUGCAAAACCUACAACUGUCAGUCGUUUGAAAAAUGGAUCAGAUGCGUCAACAUCUGCUCGUGGAGCCACACGAGCUCGUGGCAGAGGGAGUCGGGGCGGUACGACUCGAGGUCGUGGUCGAGGGGCUCAAAAAGCCGAACUAGAUGUGUCUGUGAAUAAACGAACCUCUAGACAACAAACUCUAGACAGUAUGAUAUCCCCGAAAAAGGAAACAGCUAAAACCGCACGAUCAAGGGGAAAAGUCGUUUAUGAAGUUUCUGAUUCUGACUAGUUGCGGAUACUUUUCACAUUAGAUUAAGGUCGGCCAUUCCAUGUUAAAAAUUUCGUUCUUGUUUAAAUAUAUUAACGGUUAAUUGUACAUCAACCACUCGCUCGUAGGUUAUACCUGUCCAUGACAGACAAACUAAUCCGAUCGCAACUUUUCUUUGAGAAAUUACGAAAUAUUUUAAAUGAGUCAAGUUACUUUUCGAUGUGAUAACUCCUAACGAAAAAUUAUCUUAUUGUUCUGAUAUUUAUUAUGUGAAAACGUCCUUUAAGUUUACAGUGGAAACCCGUUUUUAUAUUGUUUUUGGAUAUUUGAAAUAAAAAAUCAAA